CAAAAACUGGAAGGCAACUAGAGCUUCGCCAAUGGCAACUGCGGAUUCCCUGAAUCAGACGCCAGCCCUCAACCUUUGACUUCUCUCUCUAAACCCCUUUCACCAAUCACCCACCAAACCAUUUAAAAUAGAAUUUAACAACAUGGUUGAAAAUCUCACGCUUUGACCAGUAAUGAGUCAGGACCCGAAACGACUUGAUCUCCUAUCUUCUACUUCCGUUGUAAAUUCUUUCAAGUCCGGGAUUUCUCUCAGAUUUCUGGAGCCUUUUUGGAUGAUGAUACAGUAGCGAGAGAGAGAGAGAGAGAGAGAGAGAGAGAGAGUUUGUGUGUUGGAUUGAGCAUAAUGAGUAGUAAGCAGAAGAUGGUUGCGCAGAAGGCGGCGGUGGAGAUGGCUAUAAAGGCAAUAGGGUUAGGGUACGACCUGACGGAGGAUUUGAACCUUAAGUACUGCAAGAGGAGCUCGGCCGAGCCGAGGCUGAUCGUGAUCGACGAUGAUCAGGUCCGGGACUUGGUGGUCCCAGGUAGAAUCUCAGUUCGAAACGUGCCCAAGUCCAUCAAGUGUGAUAAAGGGGAGCGUCUCAGGUUCGCCUCCGAUGUUCUCUCUUUUCAACAGAUGUCAGAGCAGUUUAACCAGGAACUAUCUCUUUCUGGUAAAAUUCCCUCGGGCCACUUCAAUGCUGCAUUUGAAUUCACAGGAGGCUGGCAGAAAGAUGCUGCCAACACUAAAAGCCUUGCUUUUGAUGGUGUCGUCUUCACACUCUACAACAUUGCACUAGAAAAAUCACAGGUAGUAUUGUGUGAUCAUGUUAAACAAGCCAUCCCAUCAUCAUGGGAUCCUGCUGCAUUGGCAAGGUUUGUUGAGAAGUAUGGUACACAUGUUAUAGUUGGUGUGAAGAUGGGGGGAAAGGAUUCGAUAUACGUGAAGCAACAGCAUUCAUCACCUCUUCAACCUGCUGAUGUACAGAAAAAGUUGAAGGAUAUGGCAGACAAAAUGUUUAUAGAUGGGACUGGGCAGCAUAACAUAAAUUCAAAUGAGAUUCAAAAGAUUAUCAAGGAGACUGACCUCCUCUUUAUGGGCACAAUUAAAUCAGGUCCUUAUCAUCAUACUGAGUUGCAGGAUGUUAAAUACACAUGCAAGAGGAAAGGGGGAAGAUUGCAUAAACGUCUAUCCCAUGAUGAGUGGUCUCAGACGGUUCAGUUUGAACCUGAUGUGAUCUCAAUGUCAUUCAUCCCGAUUACAUCCUUGUUGAGUGGAAUUAAUGGUAGUGGCUUUCUGAGCCAUGCCAUUAACCUUUAUCUUCGUUAUAAACCGCCAAUUGAAGAACUACAUCAGUUUUUGGAGUUUCAACUUCCAAGGCAAUGGGCACCAGUAUUUGGUGACAUUCCCCUUGGUCCAGAGAGGAAACAACAAAGAAGUGCAUCUUUACAGAUCAGCUUUAUGGGUCCUAAGCUCUAUGUUAACACAACUCUGGUCAAUGUGGGUAAGAAGCCGGUGACCGGCCUCCGACUCUACUUGGAAGGGAAAAGAAGCAACUGCUUAGCAAUCCACUUGCAGCACCUUUCCUCACAGCCAAAGACCUUUCAAUUGCUGGAUGAACCUAAUCACAGAGUCUCUCAUCUCUCAUCUGACCGCAGGUACUAUGAGAAGGUUCAGUGGAAGAGCUUUUCUCAUGUCUGUACGGCCCCUGUUGAGUGUGAUGAUGAUCUCUCUGUUGUCACUGGGGCGCACUUUGAAGUUGGAGACUCUGGAUUAAUGAAGAAAGUUUUAUUCCUACGCCUCCAUUUCUCUAAAGUUAUUGGUGCCAUGGCAGCUCCUAAAAGACCCGAGUGGGAAGGUUCCCCUGGCUUGGCGCAAAAAUCUGGAAUGAUCUCAACCUUGAUCAGCACUCAUUUCUCAACCGCUCAAAAACUGCCUCCUCGGCCGGGGGAUGUGAACAUAAACUCUGCUGUUUAUCCUGGGGGCCCUCCGGUGCCAACCCAGACACCUAAGCUUCUAAGGUUUGUUGACACGACGGAGAUGACCAGAGGACCGCAGGACGCACCCGGGUACUGGGUUGUGUCCGGAGCCAAGCUUUUUGUUGAGAAGGGUAAAAUCUCUCUCAAAGUCAAGUAUUCUCUCUUGACUGUGAUUUUACCAGAUGAAGAGCUGUCGGGAGAAUUCUCAAGUUUGAUAUAGUUUUUUUUAUUGAAACGUAGGAUAAGGAAAAAUUACGUAUACACAGGAAAUGAGGACUGUAAUUCGUUUUGGGGCUCAUGCUAUGUAACAUAUCCGUUUGAAGAUCUGCUGAGCUGAUUGUAUAUAAAAAUUAGGGGAAACUUUAUUUAACUUUUAUCAUUUUUUCA